AUGCAAGAAACAGUCAGCAUACUCCAAGCACAAAUUCAAACCAAAAGGUAUGAAUUAUGAUUCAACUGGUGUUAUAAUAAGACUUAAUUAUUUUGAAGUGUUUUAUCGGUUAUCGCAAUCUACACAGGGGCGUAGCCAGCCUACUGCCCCGUAGGCCCGGGCGUGAAGGUUUUUUCCGCCCGCUUAACUUUUACGAUAUGACUCUUGCAAAGUUGGAACAAAAAUUUGACUUUCCUUACAGCAUAUUUUCGAGCAACAGGAAAAAUUCUCGUAACAUGAAAGCACUAGGUUAGCACGCUUCUAAAUCUCUGAAAAUAGUGCCUACGACACGUUGAAAAGGUGGAUACGCCUCUGCUAGUAAUGUCCACUUCGAAAGGAAAUUACAACCCACUAUAACACAUUUUUAUUUUUUAUUGGAACUUAAAAGCUUAAGAUUUACUCAGAACAAAAGUUUCUGUUAUUCGCUUUACACAGAAGAGUCCUUGAGUUGUGCAAGGAACGUCAAAGAGUUGAAGAAGAGAAACAGGAGAUAAUGAAAAACACCCGAAGCUACCUGUUGGCUCAAGUAGAACAGAUUGAGAGCAGACUUAAGCGAGCUUUAUUAAAAAGUCAGCAAUCGAUGUCUGAUAUGAUGUGAGUAUGGAGAGCUUUUUUAUUAAGUGUCAUUAAUUUGUGUUAUGCAGUUUUACUGCGUCUAUUAGUAGAAACGAUUGUUUUCGAGUAGACAACUCUGUACUCUUAGUUUCCAGAAAACUUCGAUACAUAUCUUCGUGUAAAAGUAUCGAUCCCAGGUACAAAAAAUUUUUUAUUAGUAAAAUCCUAGGUUUACUGCAUAUAUAGAUACGUGUCCUCAAUAACGACGAUUUUUUUAAUAGUAAAACACUUGAUAUGGAAAGGAAAGCCAUCGUUUUCUGGAACAAUUUGAAUAACUCAGCCAAAGACUUGGGAAAAGUCGCCGACACGUGGAAACCUGGGAAAUUGCGGCGUGUGCGCACAUUAAACGACCUGAGUACCAGCCGAGAAGAGAUUUUUGAUGAUGAGUUUGCAACAUGUGAGUUCCCUUGUGACUUGUCCGAUGAUGAUGCAUUAACAGAAAUACUGAGAAAU